AUGUCGAACAUAACCACAGGCCUUGCGUAUUCUACAGAUUCAGCGGGAAUGCACCCGUCUCAUACACUUCCUAUCAAAUUGCGUGCCAUAGCCGAAGCGAGAUUUCCUUUCGCCGAAGUUGGCUUUCCUGACCUGGAAGCGUAUGCGGAGCAGACAUUUGAAGGGUAUCAGAAACUUGAUAGGAGAGGAAAAGGUGAUAUUGAUAAGUUGUUGAAGGCCACUGGAAACAUAAGGGUGCUGUGUGAGGAGCUCGGGCUAAAAGUGUUAGUCGUCCAUCCAUUCUCUGAAUUCGAAGGCUAUGAAGAUGUUACCAAGAGAGAGACAGGGUUCGAAAGGGCUCAUGCGUGGUUCAAAGUUCUAAAGGAAUUGGAUUGUCAGAUGUUGCAAGUUGGUUCAUCUGACGACCCAACAACCAGUUCGGACCACAAUGUGAUCGCUCGAGAUUUGAGACAGCUUGCAGACGAAGCUGCCGCUGAGGAUCCUCCUAUCCAAAUGCGAGUAACUGCGUAUGAGAUGUGGGCUUGGGGUAGUCAUGUUAAUACUUGGGAACACACUUGGGAUAUUUGCAAGCGUGUAAACCGGCCCAACUUCGGGCUUUGUCUCGACACAUUCCAGAUAUGUGCUCGCACUUACGCUGAUCCAACAUCACCUAACGGCUUAUUGCAUCAUUCGCCAGGAGGCUCUGCGCUCCAUACACUCGGCAUCUCGCUCUCGGCGCUUGCUAAGACGAUUCCGCCAGAGAAGAUAUUCUAUCUGCAGAUAUCUGAUGGUUCUCGCAGACAUGAUGUCGACGCACUGAUUAAGAGCGCCGCGGAGCAGAACAUCGAUCCCUUGUAUGCGUGGUCGAAUGCAUGGCGUCCAUUGCCAUAUCAAGACGAGAUCGAAGGGCGCGAAGGCAACGAGGAAGGUGCCUAUGGCGGGUAUUUGCCUGUAGUUGCCGUGUGUGAGGCUGUCUUAAAGACUGGGUGGAGGGGACCAUGGUCUUUCGAGGUCUUCUAUGAGGCGGACAUGUCGCGGGACGAUCCGGAGGUUCCACGGAGGUGGACCCGUUCUGCGAAGGCCUGUUAUGAUAAAAUUGUUGAAGCUGCUACAGACGAAGGGUUUUAG